AUGCCAAUAAUACUAAGGGCUACACCCUGCAUUCAUAUCGUAGACCAUCAAGCAAGGACAGCACUGCCGAAGUAUGGGAUUUUGCUCGGAAAGCGGCCAGCCUGUAACCUCAUUUUGAGCGAGGCAUUCGAUCUCAAAGAAAGGAAUGGCUCACCGGACUUUGAGUUCCUAAGAAAGAAGCUUGAGCUUUUACUGAAGGUGUCCGGCCAGCUCUCUAUGGUUGGUGUUUAUUCAACAGAGGCCGCUGACGUUCCAGAUCGGUCCUUUUUUGAGCAGUUCUCCAACAAUGGAUUUCCGAUUCCGGAACUCUUCUUGAAGGCGUCAGACAUUGAGAACAUACAGUGCUUCUCUGUUCAAACCGGCGAGCAAUUGCAGCUUCUGUUUGCACCCGGCGAUGCCGAGUCUGUGGCAGUAUCUACCAUACAAAACCACCCCAACUAUACCCAAGAGGAACAAGAGCUUUCACAAAAAAAUGAAGAGAUCUUGGUACUGUCUUUAGCGCAAUUGCAAAACAGAGUGCAGAAGAUUCUUCAAGAAGGCUCGAAAGGACCGGAACAUGAUCGGGUUCUCGUGCACUUAGCCCAGUUAUUAACAAACUACAAGAGCCUGACCUCAGAGGACAAUCUCCAAUUAACUACUUCCCAUCUAUGUUUACUUAUUGCACAGCUAAGUGCCGUCAACUUUGCCUCCUCGCAAAUUAACAGACGCAUCACAGGCUUGAGCAAAACUCGGUAG